AAAGUUUCCACCGGGAUCUCCUUUCUCCAACUCUGGGCUGCUCACUGGGCAGCUCCCUCCACUGCCCCGUGAGCUGCCGGCCCGCUUGGCCCUGCCCUGUGGUGCCUACACCCUGGGGACAACUGCUGGGCUGCUGGGUUGCUGCCCGCGGGAGCUCGGACCAGCCAGGAGGGGCGCGGCGGACGCAAGACCACGCCCAGAGGACUCUCCACCCCCACUCUGUUACCUCUUAGCGACCCCAGCCCGUUCUCCGCAGGCCGCUUCUUGGGAGGCGGGGCCGCAGCUGGGCCACCGCGGGCGCACCAUGGCCGCUGCCCAGCCCAAGCCCCUCCUGGGGGCGGCCGCGGCCCAGCGCCUGGCCCGGGGCUGCUGGUCCGCCUUCUGGGACUACGAGACGCCCAAGGUGAUAGUGGUGAGGAACCGGCGCCUGGGCGUCCUGUACCGCGCGGUGCAGCUGCUCAUCCUGCUCUACUUCGUGUGGUACGUGUUCAUCGUGCAAAAGAGCUACCAGGACAACGAGACCGGCCCGGAGAGCUCAGUCAUCACCAAAGUCAAGGGGGUCACCAUGUCGGAGGACAAAGUGUGGGAUGUGGAGGAGUUCGUGAAGCCCCCUGAGGGGGGUAGCGUGUUCAGCAUCAUUACCAGGAUUGAGGUCACCCCUUCCCAGGCCUUAGGAACCUGCCCAGAGAGCAUGAGGGUCCCCAACGCCACUUGCCACUCAGAUGACGACUGCAUGGCUGGGGAACUGGACAUGUUGGGGAAUGGGCUGCGGACUGGGCACUGUGUGCCCUACUACCAGGGACCCUUUAAGACCUGUGAGGUGUCUGGCUGGUGCCCAGUGGAAGAUGGCACCUCUGUCAGCCAAUUCCUGGGUAAGAUGGCCCCAAACUUCACCAUCCUCAUCAAGAACAGCAUCCACUACCCAAAGUUCCGCUUCUCCAAGGGCAACAUCGCAGACCGGAAGGAUGAGUACCUGAAGCACUGCUCAUUCCAUGAGGUCUCAGACCCCUACUGCCCCAUCUUCAGGCUGGGCUUCAUUGUGGAGCAGGCUGGGGAGAACUUCACGGAGCUGGCAUAUAAGGGUGGCGUCAUAGGUGUCAUCAUCAACUGGGACUGUGACCUGGACCUGGAUGCAGCCGCAUGCAACCCCAAGUACUCCUUCCGGAGGCUUGACCCCAAGCAUGUACCUGCCUCAUCGGGCUAUAACUUCAGGUUUGCCAAGUAUUACAAGAUAAACGGCACCACCACCCGCAUGCUCAUCAAAGCCUAUGGGAUCCGCAUUGAUGUCAUUGUGCAUGGACAGGCCGGGAAGUUCAGCCUGAUUCCUACUAUCAUCAAUCUGGCCACGGCUCUGACCUCCAUCGGGGUGGGAUCCUUCCUGUGUGACUGGAUCUUGCUAACAUUCAUGAACAAAAACAAGGUCUACAGCCAUAAGAAAUUUGACAAGGUGUGUACGCUGAGGCGCCCCUCAGGUAGCUGGCCCAUGACCCUUGCCCUUGUUUUGGGCCAGAGUCCUCCCCCACCUGGUCACUGCACUGUGGACCAGCCACCCAGUUCCCCUCAUCCAGGAGGGCCACAGUUGGGACGAGGGGCAGAGAUAGGCCCAGCUGUCCUGGGCCCCCUCCCUUGCUCUGUCUCUGCCCCACCUGAGCAGAUGGCAGACACUCUUGGACAGAGUACAGGACAAAGCCUUCCCACCUUUGAGCCUCUCCAACAGGACUCUACACCCACGGACCCCAAAGGUUUAGCCCAACUUUGAGCCUCCUGUCCUCGUCAUGCUGUGCUGCAGACACUGGCGCACCGGGGCCAGAAACAAGGCCCGGAUGGCCCUGGCAGCCCCGCUGGAGACUCUGCAUGGUGGACCUGGGCCAAACAUCUCCAUAAGACACAAGAACCAGAGGUUGCCCUCCUCUUCCCAUUGGUCCUCCAAUCCUACAGCCUCCAGGGAUCUGUAGGGAGAGGCAUUUCCCUCUACCCCAUUACCUUUCUCUGCAACUGCUCUUGGGGCCUUGGGGAAGCUGCCUCCAAUCUCCACCUUGAGCUUUGUAACCUUGAACUCUGUUGGACCCUUCCCUUAGAAGUCAUGACAUGCUCAGAGUCCAAUAAACCUAUA